AUGAAUCCAGAUCAGCUGCGCAAAUCAGGGACGAAGAAGAGGAAGAGGAGGAAGAAGACGAAGAAGAGGAAUCGGGAGAAGAGGAGCCAAGACGCGGAAAAGUUGCGUUAUGCAGCUACGACAGACCCCUUGCCCCCCUCUCCCCCCUCCCUCUUCCCCAGAUGCCUGGCUCUGAUCCUGGGUACCGCAGUGUUCGUAGCCCCCUCGGUUUGUUGGCGUGUUGUGGUCAUCAGGCGUUAG